GCCUGGGGUGUGUAAGUGUAGUGUGUCUGGCCGUCAGGGUGAAGGAAGGAGUAAUGGCCUAGGGUGGGUGAGUGUGUCUGGCCGUCAGGGUGAAGGAGAAUGCUAGCUGCUAUGUACCGUCGGCUGCUAUGUACCGGCUCCUAUGCACCACUGCUUUGGCUUAUAUGUACCAUUGUUGGGCUGCUAUGUACCGGCUCCUAUGUACCACUGCUUUGGCUUAUAUGUACCAAACAAGGCUGCUAUGUACCAGAUACCAAGUAGUAAGCUGGCUCUAUAUGAGAUGGAGCACACCUUGGCCUGCACCUCGUCCCUCCCUGCAGGUGCAUGGUGCCCAACGGGGCGCUGCACCUCACCUGGGUCAACGCCCGGAGCAGACUGACAAGGGCAUCCACCAGUGCCUCCCUGGGUGUGGGCACCUUCAUCUCCACCCACGCCAGGCUCAGCAUUGUUGAGUUUGAUGAGCAGCCUCAGGACGUGACGGUCAUGGAGGGGGAGCGCACUGGGUUCCCAUGUGCCCUGGACACCAUGCCGGCGCCCUCCAUCAAGGGGUUCAGGAACAGUCACCCGCUGGAGCCAGACUCACGAAUGACACGCCUUCCAUCUGGUGCCUUAGAAAUAGAGAAUGUAGCCAUGCCGGGGAGUACUGCUGCCAAGCCAACAAGAGCAAGGUGUCCCAGCAAGCCACACUCACAGUCAAGGAAGCCUACGCCCUGCGGGACCCCCAGCGGCCCGUGCUCACUGCUCAGCCAAAGUCCACGAUAGGCAAGGUGGGGGACAAGAUCACCGUGGACUGUGCGGCCAACGGCUACCCGGAGCCAGCCAUGGUGUGCCUCAGGGACAGCGCCACCAUCCACAUGGCUUUGUGUGUGUGUGUGUUGCAGUUAUUGCUGUAUAUAAGGGACCUGGACACACUGUUCUGCGGCACCACCAGCAGCAGCCUGCACAUCCAUGGCCUGCAGGAGGAGGACGAGGGGACGUACAGGUGCCGGGCGGAGAACAGGGACCUGGACACACUGUUCUGCGGCACCACCACCAGCAGCCUGCACAUCCAUGGCCUGCAGGAGGAGGACGAGGGGACGUACAUGUGCUGGGCGGAGAACAGGGAGGAUUCGCUCGACGCCGUGGCCCACAUACAGGUCCAAGUUGCUCCGAGGUUUCUGAGGCAGCCGGCCAACGCUCUCGCCUAUGAGAAGGAGAACGUGGAGCUGGAGUGCAGCGUGUACGGCCAGCCAGAGCCCUCGCUCCACUGGCUCAAGAACGGCGAGCUGCUGGUGGAGACGGACUUUUGUGAUGGUGUGGACAUUUAUCACUUACAGAGUGUGAGCGGCAACAACCUGCAGAUCCUUGGCCUGGUGCGCCAGGAGGACUCCGGGAUGUACCAGUGUGUGGCGCACAGCUCGCCGGGGACGCCCAGCUGUGUGUCCUUGAGUCAAGAAGGAGCAGCAUGCCCCCACCCACGCACAAGGCAGGUCACAGACACUGUCACCAGAGUAAGUGGGACAGCUCAGGCACACCACUACUACUACUCAUUCAUCAUCAUUUCAUGGACGCCUGCUCCUAGGAGCUCCCAGCAGGGGAUGGCCACGACAGAGGAGCUUCCAACUUUCUCUAUCCAGACACUCCCUCCUUGCCUGCUCAAAGAUCUUUCCCCCCUCUCCCUAACGUACUCUUGCACCCUAUGCCUCCAUUUCACUGGAGGUCGUCCUCUAGCAUUCCCUCCCUCUAUCUCACUCACAUACACCCUUCUGGUCAUCUUACUCUCCUCCAUUCGCUCCAUGUGGCCAAACCACUUUAAGGUCUGUCGCUUCACCUCUUCCACCACUCCACACUUCUUCCCUUCACCCCUGUGACACAUUCCAAAACACACUUUCAUUACUCAUUCCAUCCAUUCUACUCACACCACAAGCACUCCUCAGGUAACUCAUUUCCACUGCCUGCACUCUAGACUUUCAUUCCAGGCCCACGUUUCAGAUGUGAGGGUUGGUACUAUUAUUGUAUUUCUACUACUACUCCUUGGUUUUCAAUACUUAGAAUGUCUGCUCAUUGUUGACACAACUUGUUUG